AUGGAAAAAGACGAGAUCAUCACCGAAUUGAGCGCAAAGCAAACGGGUCUCCCCGCAGAUGUGCGAGACACUGCAUACAACCUCACUCUGCGCGCAGUAAAUCCAGUAUGCAUCAAAGUCCGUAACCUAUCCCUCGAAGUCAACACCACCCCACCAAUAUGGGAGACUUCACCAUCACAGAUCUGGCAGCGCUUGCGAGGCCAAAGGCCCUCAAAAACCAGCAAGACAGUCCUGGAUAAUGUAUCCACUUAUAUGCCAAGUGGAAGCUUGACGGCCAUUAUCGGAAGUAGUGGCUCAGGCAAGACAUCCCUCCUCAACCUAAUGGCCAACCGAAUGAGUCUCUCCCGAGCAAACACAUGCGGAACCACGACUUUUAACGACAACCCCGACAUCUCGCGCAUCCGCAGUGCCUACGUCAUGCAGGAGGAUGUCCUAAUCCCAACGCUAACAGUCCGCGAAACCCUGCGCUACUCUGCAGACCUCCGCCUCCCACCACCAACAACUCCAGCGGAGCGCCAUGCAAUCGUGGAACAGGUCAUCCUCGAACUAGGCCUAAAAGAGUGUGCCGACACACGCAUCGGCACGACAGCCCAUAAGGGCUGCAGUGGUGGCGAGAAAAGACGCACCAGUAUCGGCGUGCAGCUCCUGGCGAAUCCAUCUGUGCUCUUCUGCGAUGAGCCUACCACCGGCUUGGAUGCUACCAGUGCAUUCCAGAUUAUCAGGACACUAAAGCGUCUUGCGCUGGAUGGGAGGACGGUUGUUGUCUCGAUCCAUGCGCCGCGCUCUGAGAUCUGGAGUCUUUUUGAUAACCUUGUGCUAUUGGCAAGGGGAGCCGCGGUUUACAGUGGCUCGGUGGAAGGGUCCUUGGCGCACUUCGAGGAGUGUGGACAUGUCCUUCCGCCGUUCGUCAACCCGGCGGAGUUCUUGAUUGACCUUGCUGCGAUUGAUAAUCGGACGGAGGCGCUUGAGGCUGCCUCGAAUCUUCGUGUUGAGCGGCUUAGGGAGGUAUGGCGGUCGAAGCAGACUGUAGCUACAGAGACGGAGGCACCCAAACCUGAGGUCGGUAGCUUGGAGACUAGAGCUGUGAAGCAGGUCUCAUUUCGUCGGCAGUUCCGCGUUUUGACGUCUCGCACUUUCAAGACUACCAUUCGUGACCCGAUGGGUGUCGCUGGUAGUCUUCUUGAAGCCGUUGGAAUGGCUGUCAUCAAUGGUUGGAUCUUCCUGCAGCUUGACGAAAGUCAGGCAGGGAUUCGCUCGCGGGAGGGCAGUCUAUACACUGCUAGUAGUCUAAACGGCUAUCUCAUUUUGCUAUAUGAGACUUAUCGGCUGACUAUUGAUAUCCGCCUGUUUGACCGUGAACGCAACGAGGGGGUGGUUAGUGUGCCGGCUUUCCUUCUCAGUCGACGAGCAGCUCGGCUACCAUUGGAGGACCUUCCCGUGCCGUUGGUUUUCUCUAUCAUAUUCUACUUCAUGGUGGGGUAUCGUCUGGAUGCGGGACAGUUUUUUAUCUUCUUCGUCCUUUCCCUGCUCACGCACUACAUUGCCGUAACAUUUGCUGCAGUGGCCAUUGGUGUAGCGCGGAGUUUCCCUGGAGCUAGUCUGGUGGCAAACCUAUCCUUCACUCUGCAAUCCUUUGCGUGUGGAUACUUUGUCCAGUCUAACCAGAUCCCAGUCUAUGUGAGGUGGUUGAAGUGGUGUGCCUACACCUUCUACAUUUUUGGGGCUUUAUGUGCCAACGAGUUUAUCGGACCUAAUGGGUCAGAACUAGGGCAUUUAUAUGCCUGUCCAUAUUCCGAUGACCCUCUAGACCCGGCCUGCAAGCAAUACACUGGGCGCUAUAUCAUGGAAAGCCUAGGAAUGCCGUCCCACUGGAUCUGGCGGCCUAUUGUGGUGUUAGUUGCGUUUGCCGUUGGCCACUAUCUCUUUGCUGGUCUGUUACUCCAAUACAACCGCUUCGCCAUAGAUGUUGCUCAAGCACGAAGAAGUGAAGGAGACCCAACUAGUGGAAAGUCUAAGCUCGCUAUCCGCCCAACAGAAGAGGCGCGCAAAGUGGCAAUAUCGCUUGACAAGUAUGGUUUGGAUAUUCGAAAGAGACCACACCCCUGGGAAACCGCGAACAUCUUACAGAUCCUGAGACCCAUUACCGCUGAGUUUCAGCCGGGAGAGCUGAACAUUAUCAUGGGCCCAUCUGGAAGCGGUAAAACUUCGCUGCUCAACUCCAUGGCCCACAGAUUGCACGGUUCCGUGGGGACACAAUACCGCGUCCAUGGCAACAUGCUAUACAACGGCGCCGUACCAUCAGAGAGUGUGAUCCGCUCAGUGACAUCCUUCGUAACACAAGAUGACGAUGCACUGAUGCCCUCACUAACCGUCCGCGAGAGUCUACGAUUCGCCGCAGGUCUACGCCUCCCAACCUGGAUGACACGGGAAGAGAAGAACCGACGCGCAGAGGAGAUCCUCUUUAAAAUGGGACUAAAGGAAUGUGCCGACAACCUCAUCGGCAGUGACCUCAUCAAAGGCAUCAGCGGCGGCGAGAAGCGGCGCGUAACAAUCGCAAUCCAAAUCCUCACAGACCCUAAGGUCCUCCUCCUCGACGAACCAACCUCCGGCCUCGACGCCUUCACAGCAAUGUCCAUAAUCGAAUUGCUUCACAGCCUCGCCGCCGAAGGCCGCACUCUAAUCCUUACCCUCCACCAAUCCCGCUCAGACCUCUUCACCCACUUCUCCCAAGUCCUUCUCCUAGCCCGUGGUGGCUACCCCGUCUACGCUGGUCCUGGGACGAGAAUGCUCGAACACUUCGCCAAGCAGGGCCAUGAAUGUCCGCGCACAACCAACCCAGCAGACUUUGUCCUGGAUCUCAUCACGGUUGAUCUCCAACAAGCAGACCGUGAACUCGUCACGCGUGAGCGCGUGAAGGGCCUCAUUUCCUGCUGGCAAGAUAGCCCUCUCGAGCUAGGACUAGACCGACAGACAUCGCAGAUUGCCACGCCUGCAGAGCUGGGAAGCCUUAAGCGCCAGAUGCUUCCAUUCCGAGUGACUUUCCCACUGGUAUUGCACCGCUCCGUAAUCAAUUUCUGGCGCCAGCCGCCGCUGGUUAUGGCGCGGUCGAUGCAGAUUCCAGGGAUCGCGAUUAUUAUGGCACUUUUCUUUGCGCCGCUGAAGAAUGAUUAUGCAGCCGUACAAUCACGUAUGGGGUUCAUUCAAGAGUUUGCAGCGUUGUACUUUGUUGGCAUGCUCCAAAAUAUCGCAAUUUACCCCAGCGAACGUGACGUCUUCUACCGCGAAGAAGCAGACAACUGCUACACGGCAUCAACAUUCCUCCUCAGCUACACCGCAAUCGAAAUCCCCUUCGAAAUAAUCUCAUCAUUAGUCUUCGGCGCGUUAGCCGCUUUCGCAGACAACCUACAACGCACCGUAACGAUGUUCCUCAUCAGUGCAUUCAACUGUUUCUGCAUAAUCAGCUGCGGCGAGUCUGUGGGUAUAAUGUUCUGCACGCUGUUCUCGCACGUUGGCUUCGCCGUCAAUGUGACGUCCAUCCUACUUUCCAUCUCGACCAUCCUCGGCGGCGUCAUGAGUCUGAAUGUCAACAAUGUGCUACAGGCGUUGAACCAUCUCUCGCCGAUUAAGUAUGCCAUUGCUAAUCUCGCGCCUUAUUCAAUGCAUGGUCAGGUGUUUCAUUGCUCUGAUGCUCAGAGGCUUGCUAAUGGGAGUUGUCCUGUUGAUUCUGGCGAGCAGGUGCUUAAGCUCUACAAUCUGGAUAAGAGUGGGCCGAUGAAUAUCAUGGCGUUGGGUGUUUGCACGAUCAUAUAUCGGGUUGUUGCUUAUGCGUUUAUCAAGGCUAUGAGAUCGCAUAGAUUUAUGGAGCGGUGGAGGGAGUGGCGGGCUCAGAGGAAAGCUAGAUAG